AUGCGUGAUCGACAAACAUCGUCUCCUUUCGAAUUACUCAUAUCGUCAACUAAAAUGGCCUCUACAACGUGUAAUACUGUUAUCGAGCUUUUACCCGGUCUUGAAUCUUUUUUACGUUCGAUGUUAAACAGCACACAUCUGGAUCAAGAUCACCAACAAAUUGCUGCCAUGUAUGUUAGUAAACUUGAUCAACUUGGUAAACAAAAAACUCCACAGCAAACAUCCACCAUUGAUGAUCAAUCAUUAAUUCAUACAGAUAUUGUAUCUGAUGCAGAAAGCGACGAUUUUACUGAUGAAGAAGAAGAAGAACGAAAAAAAGAUCUAGAACAACAACAACAACAACAACAACAACAACAACAACUGAUAACACCAACUGUUUCAAGGCGUUCAUCAGCCAGUGAUAAUCAAUUAUAUCAUGAUACGCGACGCAAGUCUAGUAGUGGUAAUAGUCAAUGGUACAUAGAUAUGCCAAAAAAUGCUUAUUUAGAAGCCUUACCAACACAAUCUUCAAGUAAGCAUGAUGCUAGUUUGUCAUCAAAAGUGCCAAGUCGGUUAUCAAUGUCAACACCAUCAUCCAGUGUCAUUGCCGAUGGUCUCUUACUUACAUAUGACGAGAAUCAUAGUUGGAUUUGGCGUUAUUAUGUUCUUGAUGAUUUUGAUCUUAUCUGUUUCCCAGCUGAUAAAAAAACAUUACCAACAAAUCAAUUACAGACAGAUAAUGAUUCUUCACCAUUAUGGGUAUCCGAUAUGACCAAUGCAAAAGUUCAUACAACAAUUAUCGAUAAAGUGGAAUGUUUAUGUCUACAAAUUGGUCUUGCCGAAGCAAUUUAUGUACGCCCAUCGGACCCAGAUCAAAUGAAUAUGUGGCUUAAGGCAUUUCGAGAAGCUGCAUCAGCACAAAAAUCAAAAGAUAAUUCCAAAAAUCGAAGUAAUGUGAAAACACUUUCACGUAAUGCUCGUCGUAUGUUUGCUCAAUUUAAUCGUAAGAAAGGUCAAAUUGUUUCACAUUUACUUGAUCAAAUGGCUAAUGUGACAGGUGUCGAUGAAAAAACACGAAAACAUUGCGAAUUACGAGGUUUUCUUGUUGUUUCUCUUGAUAAUACUACAUUUGUUACUAAAUAUUGUACUAUAGUCGAUGGAAUAUUUCGUAUACAUAAAUCACGUUUGAGUGAACAAACUGAGCAUGAAUUAUGUUUAAAUCGUUGUAAAUUAUCAUUUCCUGAAGAACGUACACGUGAUAUACAAUUUGCCUUAAUCGAUGGAGACGUUGAAACAAUUUUUAUUCGUGGAAAUAAUAUUUAUAGUAUGGGAAGACUAUUAAAUACAUUAGCUAAAUAUGUUGAAAUCAUUGGUAGUUCACAAUUUGCUUUUACAUCAGGUGGAAGUGAACGAUCAACGCCAUUAAUUAAACAUCGGCAAUCAACAACUAAUUUAUCUCAACCACAUAUCUAUUCUGAUGUUGAUGCUUCCUCAUCGAUUAUAACUAUGUCGCAAUCAAAUGAAAUUUAUGCUCCAUCAAGUGUGAAAUCUUUUUCUACUCCACAACAUUCAACAUCAAAUAUAAAAGCAACUAUCUAUCAUAAUGCAUCAAAACUGCACGAUAACGAUACUGAUGAUCGACCAUUUUUUUUACCAGUGCGUCGACCAACACAUGAUAGACAUAUAGUAUCAAAUCAACAGAAUAUUAUAACUAUAAAUGAAACCUAUGAUCGACCAAAACCAUUUGAUAACGUUGCAUUAAUGUCAACAUCAAUCGAUCGAAAUAACAAUCAAGUCUUUGAAGCCCCACAACGAAAUGAUAAAACUAAAACUGAAGAUAAAAAUGUUUAUUCUAAAUCUCGUUCAUCGACGAAAAGUUUGUCACAUUCUCAUCGUGCAAAAUCAAAAUCAUCUCCUUCAACUGAUUCUUCAUCGCCCUCUGAAAAAACUGCUUUUUGUUUACGUUCAUCGAAUUCUUCAUCGUCGAAUCAUCGUAAUUCUCGACGUCGUCCAAAUCCAUUGCCACGUCGUUCAUCAACACAAACAACACCAACUGAUUAUGUUAAUAAACUUGCUAAUUUAUUUACGAAAAAUUUUUCUACACCAUUAACAUCAACAUCAAUAUCCAAUGAAAAUCACAUAAGCACGCAAACAUAUGAAACAAUUUCAGCUACAUCAUCGCCUCGUUUUACUACUGAUCAUAUGACUACUGAUAAUAUUCGUCCUACAUUCAAAGGAUAUCCAAUGCCAAAACGUGUUUAUGAUAUUCCAAUAACAAUUGAACGUCCGACAAAACGUCUUAUCACACCAUUCGAACAAUAUCAACAACCAGGAAUACGAAAUUCUCGUUCCGUUGAACCAAUAUCAGUUGUUCAAUCAAAUAAAAAAAAUGAUGACGACGACGAAGAUGAAGAAGAAGAAGAAACACCUUAUGCUCACGGCUAUGAUAAUUUAGCAAAAAAUGAUGGUAUUGGAAAAUUCCGUUUUGUCAUUCCAUUUAAUCAUAGUCCAACAUCGGCUUUUACAACAUCAAAAUCAACUAUGAAACCAAUAAAUUCUCCAGUAAGUUCAACAUCAUCAACAAUCAGUUCAUAUUCAACUGUUCGUCAAGCAUCAUCAUCGUCAAAUAAUAAUUCAAAUUUGAACAACAACAACAACAGCAAUGAUAAUAUUCGAUCAACGUUGAUGACAGCCGUCUAG